AUGCCGCGCCUCCGCCUGCCUCUGCUCCUCCUCCUCCCCGUCACCUUCACCAUCUCCGUCCUCCUCUUCCUCUCCUCUUCCCCUCCCCUGCCCCCGCCACAGCCCCCCAUCCCCUGCGGCGCCGCCCCCUCCGACGCCACCGCCGGCCGCUGGGUCCCGACCCCGUCCCCCCCGCCGCCUCCCCUCUACACCAACUCCUGCCCCUUCCACCGCAACGCCUGGAACUGCCUCCGCAACGGCCGCCCCCGCGUCGCCGCGCUCUCCUGGGCCCCCUCCCGCUGCGGCGCCGUCCCGAGGCUCGAUCCCGCCGCGUUCCUCGCGGCGGCCAGGCGGCGCCGGAUCGGGUUCGUGGGGGACUCGCUGUCGGAGAACCUGGUCGUCGCGCUGCUCUGCGCGCUCCGGUCCGGCGACGGCGGCGCGCGCAAGUGGAAGCGCCGCGGCGCGUGGCGGGGCGGCUACUUCCCCCGAGACAAUGUCGUCGUCGCGUACCACCGCGCCGUGCUGCUUGCCAAGUACACGUGGCAGCCUGUAGAGAAUUCCAAACCUCAGAGUGAUGGAAUAACGGGAACUUACAGAGUUGAUGUUGACAUUCCUGCUGAUGAUUGGGCAAAUAUCACAGAGUUCUACGACGUGCUCAUUUUCAACACUGGACACUGGUGGGGCCCGGAUAAAUUCCCAAAAGAGACUCCCCUUGUUUUCUACCGAGGAGGAAAACCAAUCGAGCCUCCACUCGGCAUCUUUGAUGGACUGAAGGUAGUCGUCAAAAGUAUGAGCUCGUACAUCGAAAGGGAGGUCCCAAGUACAACAAUGAAGCUGUGGCGCACACAAUCACCCAGGCACUUUGAGGGAGGCGAAUGGGAUCACAACGGCAGUUGCUUGUCUAAGAGGCUCCUCGAAGAACACGAGCUGGAUUCUUGGUUCGAUCCCAGGUUUGGGGGAGUCAACAAGGAAGCGAGAUUAGUGAAUUCAGUGAUCGAGGAAGCGCUAGUUGGCACGGAUAUCCAGCUGCUCAACCUGACCUACAUGAGCGAGUUCCGCGCCGACGCCCAUCCAGCUAUCUGGCUCGGGAAGAAGGACGCGGUGGCCGUCUGGGGGCAGGACUGCAUGCACUGGUGCCUGCCAGGCGUACCGGACGCGUGGGUCGACAUCUUGACCGCGCGGAUCUUGCACUACUUCAAGCAGGGCAAUGGCUGA